AUGUCGACAACCAACAGUCUCUACGCCCCCUUCCACGACGUCGGCUUCAAGGCCCACGACGUCAAGAUCCCAUCACCGGCGCACGACCCUACGCUUGACCUGACCAUUCAUGCAUUGGUCUUUGAGCCCGAAUCCCCCGCCCAGCACACCCUGCUCCUCCUUCAUGGGCACCCGCAAUCCAACCUCAUCUGGCUGCGCGCCGCUCCCAAGCUCGUUGCAGAGCUCAAAGGCACUACGCGGAUCAUCAUACCCGAUCUGAGGGGACAUGGUAAGAGUACGGCAGUUUCCGUCGAGAGGGACGAGAAGGGGCAGUAUAAGGAUGAGGUUGCGAGGGGAAGGUACACAAAGAGGGAGAUGGCGAGGGAUAUGGUGGAGCUGGUCAAGGCGGUGGGUGGGCAUGAGAAGUUUUACAUCCUGGCACACGACAGAGGAGCUCGCGUCGCCCAUCGCCUAUCUCUAGACUACCCCGAGAGCGUGCACUCCCUCCUCAUCUUGGACAUAGCACCCACGGUCGACGUGUACCUCAACACGGACCUCCGUUUCGCCCUCUACUACUGGCACUGGUUCUUCCUCGUCCAACCCCACCCGAUUCCGGAGCAAAUGAUCCUCGGAGCUCCUCAAGCCUAUAUCAAGAAGAUGACCGUCAUGAAUCAGAAGGGCGGGGUGCACGGAGGAGAGGAAGAGGUGCAUCCCAAGGAGAUACUGGAGAGUUACACCAAGACGUUGCAAGAUCCGGCGUACGUGGAGGCUACGUGCGAGGAUUAUCGACAGUCCAGCCCUCUUGGUCUGGACUUUGAACAUGACAAGGAGUCACGAGCGAAGGGGCAGAAAGUACAGGCCCCGUUCAGGGUCUUGUGGGGUGCUAAUGGGAUCGUGGAGAAUCUCUAUGGGAGAGAGAAGCAGUUGGCCUUUUGGAGGGGGUGUUGUGAACGACUGGAUGAAGAGGGGAGCAAGGCUGUUCCGAGUGGUCAUUAUAUUCCUGAGGAAUUGCCCGACACUGUGGUGGAGAGUGCGCUCGACUUCUUCAAGCUCACUUUGAAGUGA